AUGUCGUGUCGUGACGAACGUCUUGUUAGCGCGGGCGGGAUGGAGGAGGUGGACAACGUCAAAUCCCUACCCCAAACCACGAGUCGGAUUCAGACGCGGGCCGGUACUGGAAAAAGGAAAGGUCAAAAGAGGAAGAUUUCUGAGAUGGAGAAUGACUCUUUUGUCCCAGGUGUUGAUCAAAUGGCCCCCACUGCCAAUCUCAUUUUUCAGAAGCAAAAACACGAGGUGGAACUGGCUAAACAAAAAAUAGCUGCUCAGGAAGACAUGAUCGUGGAGCUAACCAGGGAGAGAGAUUUCUUAAGAGAGCAACUGUCUCUGUCAUCAAAAACCUCCAGCUUAACAAAUUAUGAGAAAUCCCCUGACCCCUCUGCCAAGUCAGCUUCUGAUUCGUCUUCGUCCCCUGAGACAAGUUCCUCGUCAUCUACCAACUACUCAUCAAGCUCCUCAACCUCCACAUCUUCGGACGAUGGCAAGAAGAAGAGAAAAGGGAUGAAGAAGAAGUCAAAGAAGAUAAUGAAGAAGACGAAGAGGAAGAAACGCAUGAGGGGGACAGAAAGCAAGAGAAACACAAGGAGCUGUGUUUCAAGAGCACGUGGUCCAGCAGAAGUCAUAGAACGCUACGCUAAAGUCCUGAGGACCUACAAAAAAAAGAAGUCAAUCACUGCUGCAUGCAGAAAGGUGGGAGUGGACCGCAACACUAUCAGCUUAAAUGCGCCCAUUGCUGAGCUUACCAUCGCUGCCCCAGAGAAAUAUGCUGAGCUAAGCAAACAACAUACCAGAAAGGACAAGCUUGGAGAUUUCACUGGUAAAUGUCUGGAUGUCAUUGUUACCAGUACAGACAUCGAGGACAAGGUCCAGGCCCUGAAGAGAUCAGGGAAACUACUCCCUCUUGGGAAGGGCAAUUUUUAA